CUGUUUUUAAAAUGUAUUUUUUCAGAUUCUCGACUUCAGCUGACAGCUUCUGAAUCUUUCCAAGGGCCGUCUCCAAAGUCACCUCCACCAAUACCUGUUGUGCCUCCGCCAGUUAGUCCUCUUUCACCAGCAUCUAGUGAGAUUCUUGGUCGAAAAACUGAACGCCAGUGGUCAAGCAGUUCGCAAGGGAUGGCUGCAACAGUUGAAACUACUCUACGUCAGUGGUCAGCUCCUAUUCAGCGUGAUGUUCAAGGACAACCACCUCGACAGGACGACAAUCCAGUCACAGUGCAAGCUGAAUCAAGGAGAUCGGAAAUUCGCACUGUCACUCCAAAUUACAAGCUGAAAACUGAGAAACCAGGAUAUGAGAUGAAAAUUGGCUCAACAUCUAAUUUACCAGAAGCUGUUGGUGAUUAUAAGGUAAAAGAAACUCAGGAUCACUACAAGUUGCAGAUAAUUGAACCUAAAGUUACUUCCAAUGCUAAUAUGCCGGCUAGUAGUCAGAAAUUACCAUCUAGCCACAAAUCUAAAUUAGAUUUUCCUAGCGAACACAGUCGACGUUCAUUUCUCAACCUAGAACCACUGGAGCAGCGGAGAAUUAGAUCAGUGGAAACACGGCCAAUCACAACAAGUGCGUAUUUAACGGAAAGUGUAGAUAGACACAGACAAAUGGAAGCAUCUCGUUUGAAAGAAUAUUUGAAAGCGAAGGAGAAUGAGGCCAAUAAACCUUGGAAUAGGCCUGAUUGGCCAGGUCCUAAACCAAGGGAUGAUCAAAGUCAAAAAGAACUGGAGGAAAUUAGAAAACGCAUAUCUUUACGAACGCAGUCGAUGGGAGAGUUGAUGUUGGAGCCUUCGGAAGGUGCUGAGAAAAUUGUUUCUCAGCCGGAAGAGUUAUCAACGAAUUAUGGAGUAAGCGAUUCCGGAUGGCUGGUGAAAUUGCGAAAGAACAGGUAUUUAGAUAGUGUUGAAGAAGCUGAAAGCAAAAAGGGUAUGCGAAGGACGCGAAGUGUUGAUUAUCUGAAGCGCCAAAAUAAUGUUCCAACAGAUUCCGCAGUUUCGGCAUAUGAAACAUUAUCUUCUCAAGCCAAAAAACUACCAAAUUUGAGAUCUUCUCGAAGAGAAAUGGUUAAUUUUACUUCGACAGUUUUUCUCUUAGAAGAUUAA